GCUCCUGUACGCCGCGGGCCGGGCCUCUGGGAGGCUGAGCGGCCGCAGCACCGGGGCUCGCAACCCCGUCAGCCACACGCCGGCAGCGGAGGGGACGUGCCGGGGCGAGGGCCGCUCGGCGACUUCUUCCAAGGCGGGAGGACCACACCGGCGUUGCGGCCUCUCAGCAGCCGGCGCUCGGGAGCCGGGGCUGCCCGACAGGACCCCGGGGGACCCGGGAAGCCUGGCUGCUGCGAGGCUUUGAUGAAAAAGGAUGACAGUGAAGUUGGGAGACGGCGGCGGCGGGGAGGAAGGGCUCAAGAGGCUGGGCAAGAGGUCGGCCGAUGAGGACUCGCUGGAAGGAGAGGGGCCCGGCAGCGGGGACGCGGCCGAGGAGAGCGGUGGCACAAAGAGGGACGGCAAGACCCCCCGGGACGGCGGCGACGGCCCCCAGGCCCCCUCGGGCGGCCCGCAGGCCCCGUCCCCGCCGCCCGCCUGCCCCCAGGACCAGCACCACUUCCUCAGGUCCAGCGUGAGGCCGCAAAGCAAGAGGCUCAGGAAGGACUCGUCCUGCGCCGGGGGGAGCAGCAGCGCGGGCAGCUCAGGGCCCCGCGGAAAAGGAGCUGACGGUGGCGGAUCAUCAGCUGGAAAUGGGUCCGGGGUUGCCCCCGCUGCCCCUGCAGGGGGCUCUCGCUCCUCUUCCCGGAACUUAGGGUCUUCAGGCGGUGAGAAGGAAGAAGGCAAGAAGGUGCGGCGUCAGUGGGAGUCGUGGAGCACGGAGGACAAGAACACCUUCUUCGAGGGGCUGUACGAGCAUGGGAAAGACUUUGAAGCGAUUCAGAACAACAUUGCUCUGAAAUACAAGAAGAAAGGCAAGCCCGCCAGCAUGGUGAAGAACAAGGAGCAGGUCCGGCACUUCUACUACCGCACAUGGCACAAGAUCACCAAGUACAUUGACUUCGACAAUGUGUUCUCUCGCGGGCUGAAGAAGUCGUCCCAGGAGCUGUAUGGCCUGAUCUGCUAUGGGGAGCUGCGCAAGAAGAUCGGGGGCUGCAUGGACGACAAGAACGCCACGAAGCUGAAUGAGCUCAUUCAGGCUGGGGCCACCACAGUCCGGUACAAAGGGAGGAACCUGCGGAUCAAAGCGCCCAUGUGCCGUGCCCUGAAGAAGCUCUGUGACCCGGACGGCUUGAGUGACGAAGAGGACCAGAAGCCAGUGCGCCUGCCCCUGAAAGUCCCCGUAGAGCUGCAGCCACGGAACAACCAUGCCUGGGCCCGCGUGCAGAGCCUCGCACAGAACCCGCGGCUCAGGAUGAUCGUGGAGCUCCAUCGAAAGGUCUCCAGCCUCAUCGAGUUCCUGAAGCAGAAGUGGGCACUUCAUGAAGUGCGAGUUCGGAAGACGUUUGAGGAGCAGCAGCUGCAGGACUCGUUCAUGGAGCCAUCGCAGGAGAAGGUGGCACUUCACCUGUUCCCGGGGGAGAACUGCACCCUGACCCCGCUGCCGGGCGUGGCCCGAGUGGUACACUCAAAGGCCUUCUGCACGGUGCACUGGCAGGAGGGUGGCCGGUGCAAGCAGAGCACCAAGGACACCCACUCGCUGCCCCCAGCCCAGAUCCUGGGCAUCCAGAGCGGGCAGGGCACAGCCAGGGGCCAGCUGAAGUGCCCACGGGGCGGCGCCGAGGCCAAGGGCGGGGGGCGGCCCCCUCCCUCCACCGAUGCUUUGCAGAGCUCUGGGGAGAGUUCCCCUGAAAGUGCACCUGGGGAGGGGGCUGCUGCAAGUUUUAGCAGCCCGGAUGCCUCCGACAGGCUUCCCCCUGGGCUCCAGGAUGCUGGUGGACAGCUUGAGAAGACCCCUGCGGCCGCUGCUGCAGAGGGUGGGGACGGCCCUGCCCGAGAGUCUGGGCCCCUGGCGUGUGCCUGUGGCCAGCUCCCAGACCUGGAAGAUGAGCUCUCCCUCCUCGACCCCUUCCCCCGCUACAUGAAGUCCUGUCAGGACCUCAUCAUCCCUGAGCAGUGCCGCUGCGCAGACUCACGGCCUUCAGGGUGCCCCUCCCCAGAGACCCUCGUCCCCAGCAGCGCAGAGGUGGCCGACCUCGCCCGGGCCAGGGCACCAUCCCCCGUCCGCGUCCCUCCUGGCCCAGAGCCUCAGCCCAGCCCCGGGCUGCAGCCGGACGUUUGCACUAAAGACUUGGCGGACGCGCCUGCGGAGGAACCCCAGGAGAAGGCGAGCCCCUUGGACCCCCCGCCACCUCAGGGUCAGCCUGCCGUCAAGCCUCCGAAGGACGUCCCUGCCAGCCGGUUCGCCCAGCAGCUCCGCGAGGAGGGCUGGAACCUGCAGACCUCUGAAAGCCUCACGCUGGCUGAAGUCUACCUCAUGAUGGGCAAGCCCAACAAGCUGCAGCUAGAGUACGACUGGCUGGCAGUGCUGGGCCCUGAGGGCCAGGCCCUGGGAGGGCAGGCCCAGGGCUCCCGGGCCGGCUCCCCGCCUACCACCUUCCACAAGCAGCGCCUCCUCAGCUGCCUCCUGAAGCUCAUCUCCACCGAGGUCAACCCCAGGCUGGCUCCAGAAGCGAACACUGGCUCCACGGCCUCAGUGAGGCCCAUCCAGGAGGAGCAGUCGACGACGCCCCCGGGGAAGGUGGUGACUGUCAGCACCCGCAGCCCACGCUGCCCUCGAAACCAGGCUGCCCUCCGUCACGGCAAGACCUUCUCCCCCAGCUCCACACCUUGCUCCUCAGGUUUGAGAAACCCCCCGAGGCCCCUCUUGGUGGCUGGUCCCUCCAGUGCCGGAAGUGGUGACUCAGAUGGUGGCCUUUUUGCUGUCCCGACAACUUUGCCACCCAACAGCCGACACGGGAAGCUCUUCUCUCCCAACAAGGAAACAGAAUUGACGUUCCGUCAGCAUCUGAACUCCAUCAGCAUGCAGUCGGAUUUCUUCCUGCCAAAGCCCAGGAAGCUGCGGAACCGGCACCUGCGGAAGCCGUUGGUGGUCCAGAGAACACUGCUUCCUAGACCGUCUGAAAACCAGUCCCACAAUGUCUGUUCCUUCUCCAUCCUGUCGAAUUCUUCCAUAACUGGGAGAGGCUCCUUCCGGCCCAUUCAGUCCUCCCUGACCAAAGCGGCUCUGUCCCGGCCGAUUGUGCCCAAGGUCCUGCCACCCCAGGCCCCAGGCCACCUGGCCAGCGCUAUCGACUUAGCAGCUAAAAGCGCCGGCAUCAUCCCUGGGAGCCCCCUCCCCGUCCUGGAUGCCGAUGGCUUGUCUGGCAUCUCCCCGCUGUCUUCAGAUGAGGUGACGGUGACUGUCUCGGGGCAGGACUCCACCGGCACCCACCAGAAUGGAGACCCCAUCCCCGCUGUAGGGGGCACAAGCGACCCGUUCAUCAGUGUCCCCUCGAGGCAGGAGACGGUGGCAGACGGUUUCCAGUAUCUGUCUCCGCAGAACUCGCCCGUUCUCUCCUUAUCCGAGCUGUCCAAGGCUCCUCUCCACAAUGGGCUCUCCACACCAUUGGCCUCGUCGGAGGCCUCCAGCACCCGGCUCUCUCCGCCCAACGUCUCUGCUCUGCUGGACAUCUCCCUGCCCGGCCCGCCCGAGGACGUGCUCUCGCAGGGAGAGCCCGCCACGCAGAUCAGCGACUCCAUCAUCGAGAUCGCCAUCAGCUCCGGCCAGUACAGUGAAGGAGUCCCUCUUUCUCCAGCAAAACUGAACGGCAGUGACAGUUCCAAGAGUCUCCCCUCCCCGUCCAGCAGCCCCCAGCCAGACUGGAUCGCCUCCCCGACCCACGACCCCCAGUGGUGCCCCAGCGACCCCACGGACUCCUCACUCAGCAGCUUGUUUGCAAGCUUCAUCUCCCCAGAGAAGAGCCGGAAGAUGCUGCCAACCCCUGUCGGAACCAACAGCGGCACCUCCCUUCUGGGCCCCAGCCUGCUGGAUGGCAACUCUCGCGACUCGUUUGUGUCCCGGUCCCUGGCUGAUGUCGCCGAGGUAAGCGCACGACCUUUCCCCCAAGCCUGGGUGCCAGCCUCCAUCCCAGAGCUGCCAGACCCUCUGGCAGACCCGUGUGGUUACUCAGAACUGCUCACCAAGAUUUACAUGUCAGGAGCCGUCAUGGACAGAGCCCAGCCUCUGACUGCUCCUGAGAGGGAAUCUCUGCCAGUACUGGCCCGGCAUUUGUCCCACUGGCAGCAGGUGACAGACCCUGAGUCAGGGCUGAGCCCGGGGCUCUGAAGGCAGCUCUGGGUCUUGUGUAUCCUCCACCAGCUGUGUGACCUCGGGCAGGGACUCUGUGUCCCCCUGCUCAGUCUCCUGAUCUGCAGAGGAGAAGAGGCAGUAGUGGCGGUGCCAUCGUUGCUGCCACCUGACAGAGGGGACCCUUGAGCAGCAUCUUGGUGUCGUUGCUCGUGGCUGACCUGCCGAAUGGAGGGAGGGCUGCUGCAGAGGCUCCUCUGCGAUCACGUGAUGACCCGGGAGUCAUGCUGUGGCAGUGUGUCACCCCCAUGUUCUGCCUGGAAUGCAGCAUCCCUCUUUUCUUUGUCCAGGCCGCUGCCUCACACAACCACCCAGGCCUCCAUCCCACUAGGUUUGAGUGGUAUCUGUGGGCAAGUAGGGCUGAGGGAGUGAAGACGGGUACAUUUAACUAAGACUCCAGGCGUGAAGUAACAGGUACUGUAGGAGUUUAGACAGAGGCUGUGCUGAGUGGAGAACCUAAGUCUAGAAUGC